AUGGUUUUAUCAUUCGUUUACAGCGGAUGAUAGUGCGCAGGGGGACACAACGACAUGUGGGAACAUCCUGGUCGUAUUGUCGUGGAUCAUAGUAAUCAUAACGAUGCCGUUCUCCCUCUUCGUUUGCUUUAAGGUCGUACAAGAGUACGAAAGGGCCGUCAUAUUCCGGCUGGGGCGUCUUCUAUCUGGCGGUGCUAAGGGUCCCGGAAUCUUCUUCAUCCUGCCGUGUGUGGACAAUUACGCGCGCGUCGACCUGCGAACGCGGACGUACGAUGUACCGCCGCAAGAGGUCUUGACGAAAGACAGCGUCACGGUGUCCGUCGACGCGGUGGUUUACUACCGCGUCAACAACGCGACAAUUUCGAUUGCGAAUGUGGAGAACGCGCAUCACAGCACGAGACUGCUGGCCCAAACGACUCUGAGAAAUACCAUGGGAACGCGACCGCUUCAUGAAAUAUUGAGUGAACGCGAAACGAUAUCUGGAAACAUGCAGGCCUCCCUGGACGAAGCCACCGAUACGUGGGGAAUUAAAGUGGAACGAGUAGAAAUCAAAGAUGUGCGACUGCCUGUACAACUGCAACGAGCCAUGGCAGCGGAAGCCGAAGCCGCACGUGAAGCCCGCGCUAAAGUAAUCGCCGCGGAAGGUGAACAGAAAGCCAGCAGGGCCCUGAGAGAAGCGUCGGAGGUGAUCGGUGAUUCCCCGGCUGCGCUGCAGCUCCGUUACUUACAGACACUGAACACAAUAUCAGCGGAGAAGAAUUCCACGAUCGUGUUCCCGCUGCCGAUCGAUAUGCUGACUUACUUCAUGAAAGCUUUGCCGAAGGAAUAAUCACGCGAAGAACGUCAACGUCACGUUCGAAGGACACAAUGAAGGGAAAAAUACGAGAGAACAAAGUUUCUCCGAAAGCUCCUUAAGGAGCUCCGUAUUUGGUAAUAAUUUAUCUAUAUAUAUUUGACACGCUUACAUACUGUAUCUCGGUGGAUAUAGAGAGAGUUGCCAAUAUUUGACCGUUCCUCUGACAAUCUCGCAUUCAGGCGGAGUAAAAAGCGCGUAGAAUAAUUAUCGCAAGAAGAAAGGAAAUGCUUUUCUCGCACUCGCAAUUGACUCGGAUGGUUGUACGCGGUGUAAACCGAGGCGCAUAUUUUUGGAAAAUCUUACACACUUAUUUUAUAUAUUUACGUGCUGUAAGGGUAUCUUAUGUCUGUAACAUAUGUUCGUAUGUAUAUAGACCGUAAUUGAGUGACGUUAACAUUUAUCCACUUGAUCGAUUUUUGAAAAAUACUUUUACUCGCAUACGUUAAAGCGAUGAAAAUUUCAAUAGCGCAAAGAGAAGUGUACGAUGCAUAGAAGCUAAAAAUUACUACACAAUCGAUCCGUUCAGAGAUCUCGCACUGCCACUAAUUAAUUGCCGAAUUUAUACAGAGUGAUCGAUCUUGUAGGGAUGCGAUUGAUCAAUCGAUCGGUCACUAUAUUUAACACUUAUUGCAUACAAAUUUAUUGUAUGCAAUAAUUAUUUGCUAUAAA